AUGACUUCUUCCAACCACGACCAGCGGCUGGAGCACCUCCUGAGCGCCGUGGAGAGCGAGUUCCAGAAGGGCAGCGAGAAGGGCGACGCGUCCGAGAGGGAUAUUAAACUCAGCCUGGAGGACGCGGAGUUGUGGAACAAGUUCAAAGAGCUGACCAACGAGAUGAUCGUGACGAAGACGGGGAGGAGGAUGUUUCCAGUCCUGAGGGCCAGCGUCUCCGGGCUCGACCCGAACGCCAUGUACUCGGUGCUGCUGGAUUUCGUGGCCGCGGAUAACAACCGGUGGAAGUACGUGAACGGGGAGUGGGUCCCCGGCGGCAAACCGGAGCCGCAGAGCCCCAGCUGCGUCUACAUCCACCCGGACUCCCCCAACUUCGGGGCGCACUGGAUGAAAGCGCCCGUCUCCUUCAGCAAAGUCAAACUCUCCAAUAAACUCAACGGCGGCGGACAGAUAAUGCUGAAUUCUCUGCACAAAUACGAGCCGCGGAUACACAUCGUGAAGGUCGGCGGCAUCCAGAAGAUGAUCAGCAGCCAGUCCUUCCCCGAGACGCAGUUCAUCGCCGUCACGGCGUACCAGAACGAAGAGAUCACCGCCCUGAAGAUCAAACACAACCCCUUCGCCAAAGCCUUCCUGGACGCCAAAGAGAGGAGCGAUCAUAAGGAAGUUCCUGAUCACAGUGCGGACAGUCAGCAGUCCGGCUAUUCUCAACUGGGAGGGUGGUUCCUCCCGGGCCAGAGCCCCAUCUGCCCCAGCAGCAGCCCGCCUCAGUUCAGCGGCUCGGCCGGACACUCCUCCGGCUCCUACUGCGAGCGCUACUCCAGCCUGAGGAGCCACCGGGCGGCCCCGUACCCCGGACACUACACCCACCGCACCUCCAGCACCAAUAACUACAUGGACAACAGCUCCGGGACGCUGCCGGCUCACGACAGCUGGUCUGCUCUGCAGAUUCCCAACUCCAGCGGCAUGGGGACGCUGUCCCACACCACCAACUCCACGUCCAACUCCAGUCAGUACCCCAGCCUGUGGUCCGUGGCCGGCACCACCCUCACCCCGUCCGGAUCCGCCUCCGGCUCCAUACCCGGAGGCCUGACCUCCCAGUUCCUGAGGGGCUCGUCCUACUCCGGCCUGACCUCCUCGCUGCCCGUCUCCUCGCCCUCCUCCAUGUACGACCCGGGCCUGAGCGAGGUGGGCGUCGGCGAGGCGCAGUUCGAGAGCUCCAUCGCCCGGCUCACCGCCACCUGGGCGCCCGUGGCUCAGAGCUACUGA